AUGGCAUCCAAAAAUUCCUUUCCUCUCUCACUCAAAAGGAAGCUCUCCCUAGUUUUUCUAGCCAUCACAAUCACAUAUGUCACCUCAGCUCGAGUCCUCGACGAGGAAGAACCGCUUGGCCCUGUUGUUGCACCUGUGGCAUCUGAUUCAGUGGACCAACCCGUUUCCGGUGGAACCCCAGCAGGUACUGCCCCAGUUGCUGCACUGGGUGCUGCAGUCCCUGAUGAUCAUACCUUUUCCUUCUUCUUGCAUGACAUACUUGGUGGUACAAACCCCUCAGCUAGAGCUGUGACUGGAAUGGUAGUGAACCCAGCUCUUAAUGGUCAAGUCCCGUUCGCCAAGCCCAACGGUGCUGUCCUCCCAGUUAACAAUGGCGUCCCAGUCAACAACGCCAACAGUGGAGUUAUCAACAACAACAACUUACCCUUCCUCACUGGACUUGGUGGAACUACACCUAAUAAGCUCAUGUUUGGGACAAUAACCGUGUUUGACGAUGAAUUAACCGAAGGGCAUGAUCUCGGUUCUGGUUUGGUUGGUAAAGCACAAGGGUUUUAUAUAGCGAGUUCAGAAGAUGGAACAAGCCAAACCAUGGCGUUCAACGUCAUGUUUACGAGUGGCAGUUACGUUGAUAGUCUCAGCUUCUUCGGUGUCCACCGGACCGCUGUCUCGGAAUCACACCUUGCCAUCAUGGGUGGCACUGGGAAGUAUGUCAAUGCUAAAGGCCAUGCCAUAGUUAAGACCAUUCCGGCAGUGUCCAGCCAGCAUAAUACCGAUGGAGUGGAGACUAUAUUGGAGAUAAUUGUGUAUCUCACUUACUAG